AUGUCCGUCUUCCGCCCCAACGCAACAGCCCUGAUAACAGGCGGCGCAUCAGGCAUCGGCUACGCAGUCGCCCAACUAUGCCUCAAGCACGAGAUGAAAGUCACAAUCGUAGACUUCAACGCCGAAACGCUCGAUCUCGCAAGCAAAAACCUCGGCAAACAAGUGCAGUGCAUACAAGCCGACGUAGGCAAGCGCGAGGACUGGGCAGACAUCAAACAGAAAGCUGGGAAUGUGGAUUUCCUCAUGCUGAAUGCUGGCGUUGCGAAGAAAGGCACUUGGGGGGAUGAUGAGUACUUUGACGCUAUCCUCCAAACCAACCUCCACGGCGUAACCCACGGCCUAAACACCUACAUCCCCGCCCUCCAAUCCCGCUCCACCCCCUCCGCAGUAGUAAUAACAGGCAGCAAGCAAGGCAUCACAAACCCCCCCGGAAACCCCGCCUACAACGCCAGCAAAGCAGCCGUAAAAGCCCUCGCCGAGCACCUCGCCUACGACCUGCGCGACACAAACACAUCAGUCCACCUCCUAGUCCCGGGGUGGACGUUCACUGGCUUGUCUGGAAAUAUACCCGGCGCCGAGCAGAAAUCGAAACCAAACGGCGCGUGGUCGCCCGCGCAAGUCGCGGAGUAUAUGUAUGCUAAGAUGCAGGACGGGAAGUUUUACAUCAUUUGUCCUGAUAAUGAUGUUGAUGAGACGACGGAUAAGAAGCGCAUGUUGUGGACGACGGGCGAUAUUGUUCAUGAGCGCCCGCCGUUGACGAGGUGGAGGGAUGAGUUUAGGGAGGAGGCGGAGGCGUGGAUGGCGGGGUGUAGGGUGUGA